ACUAUUCAGAUGCAGGAAGUCACUUUAAACAAAUUCAGAUCACAGCGGUGGAAAACAGAUUGUGUUCUUUAUUUACACUUUUAUGAAGCUUUUGCUACUCGGAGGAGAGACGAGUUGAUCUGACCUCGGUAUUUCCCUCCUCCCCUUUUAUACUCCACAAAAUGAUAUAAAGACAGCAGACAGAUCAGCGCACAACAGACCUUCUGAAGAGAGAAGAUGUCGACUGCACAAGUCUGCUCUCCUCCGCAUUGCUGUAGUUUGCCAAAAGCUGAUCCUCCUAAGGUUAACCCUGAGCCCAAACAUCAUGCAAAGUUCAGUCACACCACUCACAGCUUUCUAAAAGUGUGUGAUGAUGCCCCAGGAUCUCCUCAGCCUGAGAAGAUUGAUGUCACUGUCUUCGAUCCUUCUAAGAACAUCCGCAUCCCGUUUACCCUAAAGAGCACAGACACCACUGACAUGCUGAACGAGAAAUACCUGCAGAUGAGGCCUGAGCUGGUGGGAACGCUGAACCUUGCCUACAACGGCAAACCAGUUCCAGGGCAGAAGACCCUGAGAGAGCUGGGGGUGAAGCCCGGGGCCGUGUUCAUCACCUUCCAGAGAUGCGUUGGAGGAUAAGAGACCGGGCGUCACACCUCUGUCUUUAUCUGCAAAAUGAAUCUGAUCUCUUUUCACUUCUCUCACAAACUUUAUUCUCAGGUCACUCAAUAAUAUGAAUACACACAUACAUAUACUGUAUAUAUACACACAAAAAUCUCAUAUCAUUUGGUACAAUAUAAUUUUAAACCACUUUUAUUUACUUUGCAUUUACUGUAAGUCUCUGUAGGUUCAUCACAUUCUGGCUUUAAAUUUUACAAGUUGAAAUGAAUUUGCUGACCGUAACUGUCAUCACAUUUACUGAUCUUUCUGUUUUAUUACAUAUUUUUUAAUCUCAUAUAC